GGCGCCCCAUCUCUCAAACCAUCCGAACCCCCCUCGCCGCUCACUCCCAAGCUAAUCCCCGCCGGCAGCGAUGGCCCGCACGAAGCAGACGGCGCGCAAGUCGACGGGCGGCAAGGCGCCGCGGAAGCAGCUGGCGACCAAGGCGGCGCGCAAGUCGGCGCCGGCCACGGGGGGCGUGAAGAAGCCGCACCGCUUCCGCCCGGGCACCGUGGCGCUGCGGGAGAUCCGCAAGUACCAGAAGAGCACGGAGCUGCUGAUCCGGAAGCUGCCGUUCCAGCGGCUGGUGCGGGAGAUCGCGCAGGACUUCAAGACGGACCUCCGGUUCCAGUCCUCCGCCGUGGCCGCGCUGCAGGAGGCCGCCGAGGCCUACCUCGUGGGCCUCUUCGAGGACACCAACCUCUGCGCCAUCCACGCCAAGCGCGUCACCAUCAUGCCCAAAGACAUCCAGCUCGCGCGCCGCAUCCGGGGCGAGAGGGCCUGAGCACCCCCGGUCUCUACUGCGAUUCCUUCGCUUCCUGAUUUCUGUAGCGGGAAGAACUACUGUAGUAGGCGAGGAACUACUGCGUGUUAUAUUGGGGUUGUGGGUAGGAAACUAGGAAUGUUCUGUUGGUUUCGAUGCAGUGCCCCCCGUGAUACUGACAUCCGUGCUGCUUGUUCUGUUCUUCCUACUACGAAUGCGAUUGUUACUAUUAUUUUAGCGUUUGUUUAUGCGGUUAUGCUUCUGGAACUGAACAGUGCUACUUGUUACCGCUUUCUGCCCC